GUUUUCUAUGGUAAACUCGACUCGCAUCAUUGUGAGCAUGACCUUUGUGGCCUUUGUUCCUUCUGUUAGCUUUGGGAUGGCAUACGACUUCAUUGACUCCGUGGGGAACGAUGUGGAUGUUGUCUCUGACUCCGAGAACAUUAAAAAGCUCCUGAAGAUCCCAUACAGCAAGUCCCACGUGAGCAUGGCCGUGCACCGCGUUGGGAGGACCCUCCUGCUAGACGAGCUGGAUAUCCAGGAACUCUUUAUGCGCUCAUCACAGACUGGUGAUUGGACGUGGCUGAAAGAGUUUUAUCAAAGGCUUAUUGAUCAGAAGUGGCAGAGGAAGAAGAAGAGCAAAGAGCAUUGGUAUCAGAAGGCCAUUCUUUCCAAGUUUUUAUAUUACAGUAUCAAUGGAGAUGGAGCUGCUCAGCCUGUCCCAUCCUCUGCAGAACAGCAAGAACCGUCCAGCUCAGAUCAGACAAGUGACUCGGAUGGGGCUUCGUGGCCCGCCCCCUUUGAGAUGCCUUCUCCAGUCUCUGAAGAUCCCAGUGCUUCCAGUCAGGGAAGUGAGCCUCUUGAACCCUCAUACAUAGUGGGGCAUCUGGCCUCAGCCCCCCAAGAACAAAACCUGACUACUUUAUUCAAUGACGGGGAGAACAGUCAGGGUCUUAAGAAUGAUUUUGUUCGGAAUAUUUUAUGGACGUUUGAAGACAUACACAUGUUGGUUGGCUCCAACAUGCCUAUAUUUGGCGGUGGCAGAUACCCAGCAGUCAGCUUACGUCUCAGGGAUAACAACAAACCAAUUAAUGUGCUAACUGGAAUUGACUACUGGUUGGACAACUUGAUAUGCAAUGUACCCGAGCUUGUGAUGUGUUUUCAUGUAAAUGGAAUUGUACAGAAGUAUGAAAUGAUAAAGACAGAAGAGAUUCCCAAUUUGGAAAACUCUAAUUUUUCUACUAAAGUCAUAAAAGACAUUGCACAGAAUAUUUUAUCGUUUCUGAAAUCUAAUUGUACCAAAGAAGGACAUACCUAUUGGCUGUUUAAAGCGAGUGGCAGUGAUAUAGUGAAGCUCUAUGAUCUCACUACUCUUUGUGAAGAAACUGAAGACAAAUAUCAAAACCCAUUCACCAUGCCAGUGGCUGUUCUACUGUAUAAGGUUGCCUGCAACAUGAUGGUGAAGAAGAAUCAGAAUAGGAAGCACUAUGGAACUGUCAGGACGUUGCUGCUUAACUGUGUCAAAUUGCUGGACAAGAGCAGGCAUCCCCAGAUUAUUGCUUCAGCCAAUUACAUGCUUUCAGAACUUUUUCAAUUGGAUGAGCCUAAAAAAGAAGAAAGUUCAGAAUCUCCGUUAAAUGAGAAUUCUGACGAAAGCUAUAGUGAGGAAGAGGAGGAGAUGCCAGACAGCGACGAGAACGGGUCCUAUGGCGCCAGCUCUGACCCUCCAGAUGAUAACAAAGCCGUGGCCAUCAUCAAGUCUGUGGGAGAGCUGUCCGUUCCAGAGAAGUACAAAUCCAUCCAUCAGAUCAGACCCAGCUGUGCGUUUCCGGUUUGCCAUGACACAGAGGAGCGCUGCAGACUUGUGCUUAGCUACGUCCUGGAGGGUUUAAAGUCUGUGGAUAGCAGCAUCAAGAAAGAAAGCGACCUCCCUGCAGCUGACCCCAACACCCCAAUCCCUUUAAAAUAUGAAGAUGAGUCCGCAAUGGGGGGUCCUGAGGGUCUGGAGAAGCAAAUGGCCUUGUUUUUGGAUAAAAUGGGCUCCCUUCAGAAGGGUAACUAUUCUAGUCAGUCUGGGAUGAUCCCCGGUUCCUGGCAACAUAAAAUGAAACUCCAGCUGAUUCUCAAGUCAUCAAAGGCCUAUUAUGUUCUGUCUGACGCUGCCAUGAGCCUUCAGAAAUAUGGAAGAGCGUUACGAUACAUCAAGUUAGCUCUGCAGAGCCAUGAUACCUACUGCUGCCUCUGCACCAACAUGCUGUCCGAAGUGCUGCUGUUUCUCUCUCAGUACCUGACCCUCUGUGGCGACAUCCAGCUGAUGCUAGCCCAGAACGCAAACAACCGGGCAGCCCACCUCGAGGAGUUUAAUUACCAGACUAAGGAGGACCAGGAGAUACUCCACAGCCUCCACCGGGAGUCCAGUUGCCAAGGAUUUGCCUGGGCGACUGAUUUGUCUACGGAUUUAGAAAGUCAACUUUCAGUUAGUUGUAAAUGUUAUGAGGCUGCUAAUGAAAUCUUGCAAUUUAGUGACUUAAAAAACCAAAACCCAGAACACUACGUCCAAGUAUUGAAGAGAAUGGGCAACAUUAGAAAUGAAAUCGGUGUGUUCUAUAUGAAUCAGGCUGCUGCGCUACAGAGUGAGAGAGUGGGGAUCCACAACUUUGAAUCAAUUGACGAUGCUACAAAUGCAGCCCUUUUGCUAUGCAACACGGGGAGACUCAUGCGGAUUUGCGCACAGGCGCACUGCAGCGCAGGGGACGAAUUUAAGCGCGAAUUUUCACCAGAGGAAGGCUUGUAUUAUAACAAGGCUGUCGACUACUAUCUGAAAGCUCUGAGGUCCCUGGGAACACGAGACAGGCACCCCGCAGUCUGGGACUCCGUGAACUGGGAGUUGUCCACUACCUACUUCACUAUGGCCACGCUGCAGCAGGAUUACGCUCCGCUUUCCAGAAAAGCUCAGGAGCAGAUUGAAAAAGAAGUCAGUGAGGCCAUGAUGAAGUCCCUGAAGCACUGCGACGUGGACUCGGCGUCUGCGCGGCAGCCCCUGUGUCAGUACCGCGCUGCCACCAUCCACCACCGGCUGGCGUCCAUGUACCACAGCUGCCUGAGGAACCAGGUUGGGGACGAGCAUCUCAGGAAGCAGCACCGGGUGCUGGCUGACCUUCAUUACAGCAAAGCCGUGAAGCUCUUCCAGCUCCUGAAGGAUACGCCGUGCGAGCUGCUGAGGGUGCAGCUGGAGAGAGUGGCGUUCGCGGAAUUCCAGAUGAGCAGUCAGAACAGCAAUGUUGGAAAAUUAAAAACACUCUCUGGGGCUCUUGAUAUUAUGGUGAGAACCAAGCAUGCAUUCCAGCUCAUCAGAAAGGAGCUCGUGGAGGAACUGGACCAGCCGAAGAGUGAUGAGACCACUGCUGCUGAUUCCACUCCUGGUCUGAAUCGAGAGGAAGUGCUCAAACUCCUGAGCAUCUUUGAGUCCCGGCUGUCGUUCCUGCUCCUCCAGUCCAUCAAGCUGCUGUCUCCGACCAAAAAGAAAACAAGCAAUAACAUGGAAGAAGAUGUAGCCCUCAAAACCAACAAGCAGAUUUACUCCCAGCUCUUGAGAGCUACUGCCAACAAAACCACAGGUCUCUUGGAAAGAAUUGACGUCCUCACUCGCCUGCUGGACCAGCUGGCCCGGGGCAGCGCCGUUCAGUGACUCGGCCAGGGCCAGUGCCCACAGAUGUGUCGUCUGGGCCUUCCGCGCUCGGGCCAGUCUGUCACUCGGUGCUUCGUUAAUUAAAUACGUGGGAAAUGUGCGCUCCACAGGCACCGUGGCAGGAGCAGCGUUCUCAUUUCCCAACAGACGGAGCAGUCCCAGCUCCCUGCCUUUUCCAUCGGAAGUGCCGGAAUCGGAGUUGGACUCAGAGCCCGGCCUCCUUCCUGUGAGGCGUGUGGUGUGUGCAGUUACACUCUUAAGUAUUUCUGAGUGUGUUAAGCUACAUGGGUUUAAGGCACAAUUAUUUUGGAUAAAUGUUACUUUAGGUCAAGGGGACUUUUAUCCAGGUGACUUUAGUGGUCACGUGGGUUAGAUCUACAGUGUCUCCUCCGAAUGGCUCAGAAAGGAGUUGCCCUCUUUAAGCUUCAGUGCAGGAUUUCUGGAGACUAGCUGCUGUGCAGGUCGCUGUGUUUAGUGCAUGCUCGGAAGGGGCCCACUGCUCUUUGACUUCAUAUGACAGCUGACCAGGAAUAUGUACUACUUCCCCCACCCCCGUUUUUAUUUUAAACUUGAAACUGUGAAUAAUAAGUCAGAAAACUAUUUUGAAUAAAUAAGUUAUUUCUUUAUAA